ACGUUGAGGCUGACUUCUUUCUCCCUGUGGUGUUUUCAUUUUCAACCACUGUGUUCCUUGUCAGAACUAGCUGGUCUAACCUGAUUCGGUCUUAAACCUAUAAACCAACUUCACUCUACAAACAAUAAUUCUUUCAUAUUUGUAUUGAGUUUAUUGUAAAUAUAUUUCACUCAGAAAAAGACGAUAACAAGAGUAAGGCUUGAGUGAUCAUAACUUACUGGCAGUAUAAAAUACCCAACAAUAAAAUAUGAUUCCAUAAAGAAGUGAAAUAACCAAAUAGUUGGUGAUCCCAAGUUGAUUGUUUUACUGUAUGUUUGGCUGACUGUCUUUUUUCAGUUUUCUGCUCUGUAUUACAGGCCUAACCAUUAUACUUUAUAAUGUACUAAUUACGAAAGAGUAAUAAUAUACAUUAGAAUAUCUAGUAUAAAGGGUUUCCUAAAACCAAAAAACACCAGGAAGGUCAAUCAAAGUGUGAACUUGUUGCACAGUGAUGUACGAUUUUAGGUUUGUUUAGAGCCAACAGGAAAUGUGGAUAGGUAUCUAACUGUGCCUUGAAUUGAGACGUGACAUCUGAUCAUUUGUUAACCUCCUUCCUUAUCGUAAAUUAGGCUUUAGAAAUUCGAACCGAGAAAAAAACAAAACAAAACCUGGAAUUUGAUGAGCAAAGGCGGACUGUGAGAGGCAGGAGAUUUUCCAGGUGCAUGAUAAUCAUAGACUCUGACUCAAACAAAUCCACAGUAUGUGAGAGAGUUCAAAUUACAUCUACUGGAUUCAUUGGAUCAUUGUUCGUCGUAAUUGUCAGCUUAAUGAGGCAAAUUAGAAAGUUAGUAAAACACAGUUUAAAACAGAAGUGCAAGGUUUUUGUUUGUUUCUGGAGAAUUUUUUCCCCCCAGUCACCAAGAAUCAUUUACACUGCUUCUAUCUCGAGUUGUCUGGAACUGCAGUUAUACUUGUAGAGUGACUUCCUGGUAUUAGAGUUUCUAGUUUCUAUUUUAAAGUGCGUGAACCUUUUGGAGCACAUCCAGAACCUUUCUUUUAAAUAACACUUAUGUAAAGUGCAGGUGAUCGUGCAGCUGAAAGAGAUCCAACCUGUGCUGUGAUUGGUCACAUCCUGUAGUUGGCUAAGUGCACCCUCAUAUAAACCCUGCAGAGAAUUUAGAAGAUGACAAAGUGUCAGUGGCUGCCAGUGGUGUAGCACACAAAUCUGGGCCCUGUGCGUAUGCAGCCUCAAUGGGUCUCCUUUCAUCUUUUAAUACAUCUGUCACAUAAGACAACAGUCCCUACACUGAGAAAAGAUUACUAUAUUACAAUAUUUCAUGAUAAAAGACACUCAAAUUAAAGAUAAAAUUGCAUAAUCAGCUGUUAAGUUUCAAAUCUGAUGAUAAAAACAAACUUUUAAUUCCAGGCCUUGUGAGGACCCUGCUGUGUUGGGGUCCUGGGUUACUUAGUUCCACUACUCCCCUCAUUAAGACAUGCUUGGUGGCUGUAACACAGUAUUACACCAGAGCAAAGCAUUCUCAACACAGUUUGAUGUAUAUGACAAGAUUUUAUGUAUGUGUUUAUCUGAGCUCCUCUCCUGUUUUGAAGUAGGCAGGGUUCAGUUGGAAAAAUGGGAUGUCACGCAUGUCCCCAAUCAAUAUUUAUCAAGAUUUUAAUGUCUUACAAAAGCUCUUCAUAUAUAGCCCAUAAGGAUGGUGUGUUCCUCAAGGUGACUGGUAUUGUUGCUUUAACAUAUUUAGGGGCUUUAAUCAUAAUGUAGCUUGUAUUGAGGCAUUCACAUCUUAUUUGGCGGCACUUAGCUAUCUGGCCACAAGAUGGCAGUAUCACAUUGUCCUGUUUGCCUCUUUAACACAAAGAGACAAUAUAUUCUCACUUUAAUCAAGUGUUAAUUGAAUUUUUCUCAUCACCCAGAGGCGAUCAUGCAAGAUGAUUUUCAGUGUCAGGAAAAAAGGGAGGGGGAUUGCAGGAGAUACAGUGUGAUAUUGUUAACAUUGCAUAUCCUUAAAAUAAAAGGAUGAGUGUAUGUGUGUGUGAUUGGAUAGGUGGGUGCAUGAAGGGGGAGGGGGGGUUGAAAGAGGGAGGGAGAGCGCAGACACAGCACUGAGUUGUUAAAAAUCUCCAGAUCUGAGGAAACCUCACAGUGUGUGAGAGCUGUGAGUUGAGGCUGCAACACACACAGACGUUUUCCUGCUGGUUUAACUGCUGGAGUAUUUGUCACAGCAUUUAAUGCGGAUGUAGCUAUUCAACAGAGACUUACCUCAAAACUUACCUCAGCCUGAAUGAACCUCACAUGAGAGUGGAUGGAUCACCUGAUAGGUUUUUAUUUAACAUGGAGAUGCUCACCAGUCACUGCUUUGUAUGGAUACUUCUGACAGGAACCUUUUGUUUGUUGGUUCUUGGGCAACAUCAUCAUGGCGACUUCACUUUCAACAAGAGAGCAUUGCCUCAACUCAACAGAGACCGAGAACCUACUUCAGAAAAGAACCAGGCGCCUCAAACUGGUAGUCUGAUUGAAAACACCAAACUGCCUAUCAGUCCCUUGGUCCCUCUUUCAAAGCAGGGACUUUGGGAGAUAAUUGGAGGAAACUCCCAAUCACAAUCCAAACCAUCCCUAAAGAUCAAGCUUCGGCCCAUCAUGAAAGUUCACGGAACUUCUAAAUUCUCCAGGUUUAGCUGGGGAGACUUUUACUCAAACAUCAAGACAGUCAAACUGAAUUUGUUGAUAAUGGGUAAGAUUGUGGAUCAUGGGAACGGUUCUCUUGGAGUCUACUUUCGUCACAACUCCACUGGUGUGGGAAAUGUCUCAGUCAGUCUCGUCCCACCAGUGAAAGAGGUGGAGUUCGACUUGGAGCGCCAAAGUGUGGUCAACCCCAAAGACUCAAAGACAUUCAACUGUAGGGUGGACUAUGAGAAAACUGAACGCAACAAGAAGGUUAUUUUGUGUAACUACGACCCAUCAAAGACAUGUGCUCAGGAGCAGACUCAGAGCCACGUCACCUGGAUGUGCUCCAAACCUUUCCAGGUCAUCUGCAUCUAUGUGUCUUUCUACAGCACAGACUACAGGCUGGUUCAGAAAGUCUGUCCGGACUACAGCUACCACAAUCCAGGUGCCUACCUGCCCACGGGUUAAACAGAGGUCAAGCCAAAGACACUGGAGAAUAAUGUUUCAAUAAAUCCACACGUUUAAGCAGCUAUGAGCCAGUCUGACAGACUGUUUUGGAUGUUUUUGAAGGGAUCCUGAAGUGUAGCAUUUCUCAAAAAAAAUAUUAUUUUCAUGUCUUUUACCAAAAUACAGUAAAAUAUAUGUUUUUAGUGCAAUAUAUUGGUUGUUGUAGACUACAAGAGUUGUAUUAGCCUGUUUUUUUUUAAUGAAUAUAGUGCUGCAACUUACUUACUUAACUUAAACAAUUUAUCAGUUAAUCAAUUAGUCAAUCAACAGAAAAACAGAUUCAAAUCAUUUUUAAAUCAAUAAAUGAUUUUAGUCAUUUUUCAAGCAAAAGCUGUGAAAAAAAUGCCAUUCUGUAGUUCCAGCUUCUCAAAUGAGAGACUUUGCUGCUUUCUUUGUUUGCAAACCAAAUAUCUUUGGGUUUUUGACCUGUGAUUAAACAAAACAUUUGAAAAGAUCA